UGGUAGUCGUGGAGGCAAGUGCUACUCCCAACCCUUUCACUCUCUUUCAUACCAUAUUUUCUCGUUGAAAGUUCCUUCCUUUCGGAUCACCACAUGACCGUUUCCUUCUCUGUUAUUUUCCCAAAUUAAAAAAUUUUAAAAAAACUCUCUCUUUCUAUCUCAUUUGCCUUCUUGGCGUCUUUUCUUGCUACCAGAGCGUUUUUUACCUUUGUUGGCAUUCUUUGACCCACUUCUUUCCUUCCUCCCAGACUCUUUUUCUCUUUCGUUUUCUGAGCCCAAGGUAGCCUUUUUCUUUUGCCAUUCUCGUUGUGUGGAAGAUUCCACCAAGUGGGUGUUUUCAGGCCAUUCUAUUUGCGUGUGCGUGUGUGUUUGUAUUUUUCUCUGCGUUGAUGGGUUGUUGAUGUCUCUGGCCAUUGCGAAAGACAUGGGUUUUGAUGACAAAGUGAAAGACAAUGAGGGUGCAGGUGAUGAUGAUGCCUCUCAGGUGCACGAGGGAAAAGCCGGUACUGAUCAUGAAGAAAGUGCGGAUGAAGGGGGAGGGACCCUCAGCAGAUACAGGAGCGAGAGUUCCGUUGCUGCUACCACCGAAGAUGAAGAUGAUGAUGAGGAGAGAAAGAUUGAAUUGGGUCCUCAGUGCACUCUGAAGGAACAACUCGAGAAGGAUAAGGAUGACGAGAGCUUGAGGAGGUGGAAGGAACAGCUUCUUGGAAGUGUGGACAUAAAUUCUGUUGGAGAAACUCUGGAGCCAAGUGUGAAGAUCCUUAGCCUUGCAAUUAAGGCUGCUGGUAGACCUGACAUUGUUCUUGCAAUACCAGAAGGAGGAAAUCCCAAGGGUAUGUGGUUUACUUUGAAAGAGGGUAGUCGUUACAGCCUGAUGUUCACUUUCUUGGUGGAGAAUAACAUCGUUUCAGGUCUCAAAUACACCAACACUGUGUGGAAAACUGGUAUGAAAGUUGACAGCACUAAAGAAAUGAUUGGAACGUUCAGCCCUCAAGCAGAGCCUUACACACAUGAGAUGCCUGAAGAGACAACACCAUCUGGAAUGUUUGCUAGAGGAGCAUAUACAGCAAGAAGUAAGUUUGUUGAUGAUGACAACAAGUGCUACUUAGAGAUUAACUACACUUUUGAUAUCAGAAAGGAUUGGCAGUAAGAAUCAAGGGAGCCGUCCUUGAGUGACAUGUUAUCCUAAAUCAUUGUUAUUUGUGCUGAAAUCUCUUUCAGUGUUACCUGCUUCUUACUAACAGUUUAAUUAUUUCUAAUCCUGUCUGAGGCUGGUAAUUUGAACAAUGAUGAGAGGAUUUGGGAGAUGAAAUUGGUAUUCAUUUGAUAGAUAAUUUUGUCAAUAAAAUUAGUAAGUAACUAUGCUCCAUGUUUCUUUCCAGGGUUGCAAUGUAAGUAAUAAAUACAUACAUAUGGUUUUGAAUUCUAAUUUGAUAUCCACUCUGAACAUGUGGGAAUU